UGCGCAGAGGCGCCGGGAGGACUAUGCUAGGGCUCCGCCCUCUCCCCACCCGGUACUGCGGGGCGGGGGCCGGAGCCCGAACCGGGGAGGCAGCCGGGUGGGGAGGGGGAGGAGGCGGCUGCUGGAGGACACAGGUCUCCAGAGCCGCAGUCAGGUCAAUCUGAAAGGCUGGGAGCCCCUUGUUUUCUCGGCUAAGGGUUUCCCCAACCUCCCCUUAGCACCAUGCUUUCCCCACAACGGGCCUUGCUCUGUAACCUUAACCACAUCCAUCUUCAGCAUGUCUCCCUAGGCUUGCAUCUGUCUCGCCGUCCAGAGCUCAGGGAAGGGCCCCUGAGCACUCCACCCCCUCCUGGAGAUACAGGAGGCAAGGAGACUGGAGUCCCCUGUAGUGGGACCUUGGUGGAUGCCAACUCCAAUAGCCCUGCAGUUCCCUGCCGCUGCUGCCGGGACCAUGGUCCAGAACUGGAAAAUCGUCAAGGGGAAACAGAGGAGGAAGAAGAGGGGGUGGUAUCUCCCUCAGAUCCUGGCUGCUCAUCUUCACUCAGCACCUGUUCAGACCUCACUCCUGAUGAAUCUCCUGUCUCUGUGUAUUCUCGAGACUUUCCUCCAGAGGAGGAAGCCCAUCCGCAGCCUAGCAUUAUUCCUCUGGAUGAAGGCUCUCCUCUGACCACAGGAGGUCCUGACUGUAGCCCAGACAGCUUCUGCUGCUCUCCAGACUCUUGCUCUGGAGCCUCCUCCCCUUCUCUCACCGGCCUAGACUCCAACUGCAAUGCUUUGCCUACCUUCCAAAACCAUCAAUCCUCAGUAGCAGGUAAAGAGGGAGAAGGAAGAGAGCAGGAACCUCCUACCACCAAGUUCCCUGAACAGACCUUGGAAAAUGACAAUGGGAAAACUGAUGCUGGUGGGAAAACUGGAUCCACUUGGAAAAUCAUUUCCAGUUGUAAAAUUGAUCCUGUUAACACCGACUCUGGCUGGAAAACUGACUCUGAAAAUAACGAUCUGGGGUGGCAACUCAAUGGGAAUACUGACUCUAUCUGGAAAACUAAUACUGAGAAUACUGACCCCACUCAGAAACUCACUGAGAAUACGGAUUCUACCUGGAAAACUGGCCCUGCAUACACUGACUCCUCUUGGAAAACUAGCACUGAGAAUACCGACUCUAGCUCGAAAGCCAAUGCUGGGAAAAUUGAAGGUGACGUCACUGGGGAACCUGUGCCCCAUCGGACAAUCACAUCCUUUCACGAGCUGGCCCAGAAGCGGAAGCGGGGCUCAGGACUUCUUCUCCCCCCACAGGCCAAGAAGGACAGGAGUGACUGGUUAAUCAUCUUCUCCCCAGACACAGAACUGCCCCCCAGUGGGGCUCUGCAUGGCUCCCCUGCCCCUCCCAGGGAGGUCACCACCUUCAAGGAGCUUCGCUCCCGAAGCCGGGCCCCACCUCCCCCAGUGCCACCUAGGGAUCCCCCAGCUGGCUGGGCUUUGGUCCCACCGAGACCUCCACCCCCACCAGUCCCACCCCGAAGGAAGAAAACUCGAUUGGGAUUGCAGCCCAUUGCUGAAGGGAAGCUUGAGGAUGUCAGGCCUAGCAGCCCAGUGACUGCUGAUGAUGUUCCUGUAGGGAAGGAAGCAGCCCAGCCAAGAGAGCCCCCUGACAUAGAGGCUGGCCCCCUCCUCCUCCCUCGGCCCUUGGUUUUUCGGUUCUCGGCCGAUGGUCGUCCCGUCUUGGAGGGCGCGGGAGGGGGGGGAGCCGGCUCCCUGCUCUUGGCCCCACUGGCUGGGUGGCCUGGCCCGGGGCUGCGACUGCUCGGGGGGCCGAGCCCCACGGAGGAGCAGCUGUUGCCUGUCCGCCUAUCACCCGUGGGGGCUUAUUCGCCCCCGGCCCGAGGGGCCUUGCCCUGCCUGGCUAGCCCCGAGCUGGCGCUGCUGCUGUCCCCGCUCUUCCCCAGAAGCAGCACCUUUCCCUCCGCGGCUCCCCCAUCCCGCCAGGUAGCCGCCCCCCUGCCGCCACCGCCACAGUCGAAGGUCCCGCGCAGACCCAGGAGCCCGCCACCGCCACCCAGGCAACUCCGGAGUUCCUGGUCUUUCGCCGGUGUACCUGGGGCCCAGUGCCUGUGGAUGGCAGAAGCCAAGCAGGGACCUGGCCAGCUGCAAGAGGAGAAGAAAGGCCUCCUGAUUGCAGUUAGCGCCUCAGUGGACAAAAUCAUCUCCCAUUUUGGGGCAGCCAGGAACCUGGUGCAGAAGGCCCAGCUGGGGGACAGCCGCCUGAGCCCUGACGUGGGACAUCUGGUGCUGACCACGUUAUGCCCUGCCCUCCAUGCCUUGGUGGCUGAUGGACUGAAGCCAUUUAGAAAGGAUCUUAUCACGGGGCAGCGGAGAAGCAAUCCUUGGAGUGUUGUGGAAGCAUCUGUGAAACCUGGUUCCUGUACCCACUCCUUGGGAAACCUGUAUAAUCAGGUCAGCCGACUGACCCCUCUCAGCAGCAGCCGAAGCCGGUUUCAUGCCUUCAUCCUCGGCCUCCUCAACACAAAACAACUGGAGAUAUGGUUUUCCAACCUCCAAGAAGAUACAGGCCUCCUGUCCCUAUUGUACCUGCCUACAGCCUUCUUUUCACUGGCCCGAGGAGGCUGCCCCUCCCUCUCCACUGAGCUGUUGCUUCUGCUCCAGCCCCUGUCUGUCCUCACCUUCCACCUGGAUCUCCUUUUUGAGCACCACCAUCACCUGCCCCUGGGACCUCCCCAUCCCCCAAGCCCCCCGGGCCCUCCGCCUGCACUGCAGCAGACAGUACAGGCUGUGUUGGGCUGGGGGGAGCGGCUGGCUCAGAGCCUUCGGGGAGGUACAGGUGAAGCCCCCCAAGGUCCCUCUCCAACUAGUGGCUGGUGGGAACAGCUGACCCAGGCUUCCCGGGUCUAUGCCUCGGGUGGGGUGGAGGGCUUCCCUCUUCCUCGCUGGGGUUCCCGGAAACAGGGUGUUCCAAUGGAGAGCACCAAGGAGAGUCCGCCACCCGGAGACGAGCCGGUGCAGGCCAGACGCAUGUGGCUGGGGAGACUGUUUGGGGUUCCGGCGGGGCCAGCAGACACAGACUGCGGUCCACUAAAGUCCAGGAGACCAUCCAGCUGGCUGCCUCCUGCUGUGAGCGUGCUGGCCCUGGUGAGAAAGGGCGGCCCCCCUGAGCCAGCCUCCCCUCCAGAAGAACUCGAGGUCCCAGCCCCCAGCGAACUCCCCGUGCAGAGGGCGGUGCGGGCCCUCUGUGAUCACACUGCGGCUGGACCCGACCAGCUGAGCUUCCGGCGUGGGGAGGUACUGCGUGUGGUCUCCACUGUGGAUGAAGACUGGCUCCGCUGUGGGCGGGACGGGGCUGAGGGUCUUGUGCCUGUGGGGUACACUUCCCUCAUUCUCUAGCCUCAGGAUCCUUUCUCUCUUCCCUCCCUGUGUAUGUGCCACCUGGGAGCAUCCUUCCCCUCACAUAAAAUGAAGCUUACCAGAAACAUUUUCCCCAUCUGUAAAAUGGAACUAUCCUCCUUGCCUCACUCGUAUUUAAUAUGGAACGUUCCUCCUCAUACCCCUAUCUGUAAAUUUCCAUCCAUCCCUGAUCUGUAAAGUGGAACUUGCUCUUUUGCCCAACCCCUCCCAAAUGUAAUAUGGAGCUGUACUCUUCUCCCUGUAAAAUGGAAAUUCUUAUGUCGUCCCCAUCUAUGGGUAAGCUCUAAAAUAUACUCACCCCCAUCCCAUUUUCCCCCUCAACCAAGUGGAUGGAAUCUUAAAUCUGUACCCACCCCUUCCAUUGAUCUGUAUUUAUUGAGCAAUCAUGGUGAAUUUACAUGCUGUAGCACUGACCUCAUUCGGGGGGCCCUUGGAGGCUGCCCCAUCUAAGUCACAGUCCCAAUAAAGUGGGGGAGCUGAG